AUGGCGAGUUCUAAACGUCAGUUUGAUGGGUUUGCUGGCAUAGUGCUAGUAGCGCCCUUCACCUCCUUGCCCCAACUCCUCAAGACAUACAAAAUUGGUGGCAUCUUCCCCGUCCUAAAACCACUACAAUCCUACCCCAGAAUAGCAAACUUUCUCACAUCUCGCAUCAUCGAUCAAUGGCCCACACUUCUCCGUCUGCGGACUUUGAUCUCGGCACCUUCCAGCAAGAAGAACGGGUUCCGCAUCACCCUCCUACACGCGCGCAACGACCAGGAUAUCACGUACUGGGAAUCCGAAGCCUUGUUCGAGCCACUGGCUUCUCAGAUGCUGGGAGAGGAAGGUGUUGUCGCAGAGGAAGAAAGAAGGACGAUUCAGGGUGGUGAUAGAGUGAAGAGGGGGGCUUUUGCGUAUAAGAAGGUGGAGGAUGAUAAGGGGCAUAGAAUGGUGGAGCUGGAGGUUGUAAGGUUUGGUGGGCACAACGAGGUUGUUGGGUGGACGCAGGUUAGUCUUGCGGUUAGGAGAGCCUUUGCGAGGAAGACGUUGAGGCCGGGUUUAGACGUGGAGUAA